AUGGCAUUUUCAUUAUCAACUAAAUCUAUUGGAAAAGGAUCACGAUCUGAUAAUACUAUCCGUACAGCAAUAGCACGUGAUUAUGAUCGACAAAAAUUGGCAGCAAAACAUGAAGCUAAACUUGAAAGAGAUUAUGAUACACUUGAACGUAAAAUGAUGUCACGUGCUAAAUGGAAUCAACGUGCUGAAAAUAAUAAUCUACGUCCAAAUCCAACAAAUAAUAAUAAUAAUAAUAAUAAUAAUAAUAAUAAUCAAGAUCGUUCAACGAUAUCUCUUGAGCAUUAUAUACAACGAGAAAAAAAUAAAACAAGACAAUAUUAUUAA